AUGGAAGAACCGGGAUGGGUGAAUCGGGUGGCCCAGUUGCUGAAUUUAUGGGAGAUCCGGGUCGCGGUCCUUUCGAGCUUCGUCGCACAUCUUCUACUCGUGCUCCUCUCCAGCAUCCGUCGGCGUAAAGCCUCUGGAGUGCUGAUGCUCAUCCUUUGGCUGGCGUACCAGUUCUCCAGCUGGGUCGCUCCAUACACUCUCAGCAACCUGUCCCUCGGCAACACUUCGUCGCGGAGGCAGCAGCUGGUGGCCUUCUGGACGACGUUCCUCCUGCACCAUCUUGGCGGCGCUGAUAACAUCAGCGCCUUCUCCCUGGAGGACAAUAAGCUCUCUGCACGCGAAGCACUUAAUGUCAUCUCCCGGGUUGCUGGAGCCAGCUAUGUGCUAUACAAGCAUGUGUACAUUGGUGGUGGAGGCGGGACUUUGAUCCAGGCGUCCAUCAUCAUUUUCGCCAUGGGUGCUGCCAAGUACGUGGAGAGGGCAUGGGCGCUGUGGCAAGGCAACUUGGGCAACAUCUGGAGGUCCAGCAAAAAGAAGCAAGGAAGUAGAUUCUUCACUAGUGACUCGGUGAUCAGAAGAGGAACGGAUUGUAACUUGGACGAUGAGGAUGCCCUUAUGGUAGCACAUGACAUGCUCCCGCUUUGCAAGCGUGCCAUGUCUGAUUCUUCCGUCGACACAGAGUCACCUGACAAUCAUAACCUUGAUACAAGCAGGAAAAUAUUCACUAUGAGAUAG